GUUUUUAUUAUUAUUUAAUCUAAUUAUUGUUUUAUGUAAAAAGGUAUUCAUUCUGUUAAAAAAUAUUGGCCUCCAGAUAACUCUAUCUUGCAUGUCGAGGCCUAAAGAUUUAGUAAGUGUAUUUAGUAACUACACUUAGAUGUUUAGGGUCAGGGCCGUGGCAGGAUUGUCGAGUUAUGUAAAACAGUGGUCCAUUACUCACUGACAUGAUCUAACUCCUGUGACCAGCGCCCGGUGACAAAUAUGCGACAUCUCAUAUUUAUAUUAUUAUAAUCUUUUUUUAGACGUAUGCGUCGUUAUUUUUAUUGUUUUGGAACACAUUCCUGUCAAUAUUCUUAAAUCAACAAAUACUGCGCAAUAUAUUUUUGUCAUAAUAUGCUAUCAUCCUUGUACGGUUCCCGCGAAGCUCAUAAACAGGAAGACAAUGAAGAAUAGGAGUUUGGCCGGUAAUUGUGGCAUUGGUGUGUUUGUUAUUGCCCUUGUCACUGUGGCAUUGGCAUUUGGCACACCAAGUUGGUUAGUGAGCGACUCCAGAAUAAGAAGUGCCAGACUUGACAGGUUGGGACUAUGGAACUAUUGCUUCAGAUCACUGCCAGACCCUCUAGAUCAAUAUCAGAGACGCUUUUUUGUCGGAUGUCGUUGGGUUUAUGAUCCUUUUACAACAGGCUAUGAUAAGAUUCGGGGAUAUUUGUUGCCAGGUUUUAUGAUAGCAACGCAAUUCUUCUUUACAUUAUGCCUUAUAGGCGUAAUAGUAUCAACGAUUUUGGUCUUAAUUUUCUUUCUCUGUUGCGGCCCAGAUCAAAGUAGAUUUGUGAUUUUAAUACGAAGUAUUGGAUACAUCAUGCUGGGUGCUGGUAUUUGUGGCGUCAUAGCGGUUAUAAUAUUCGCGUGUUUCGGAAAUACAGAUGGUUGGAUGCCAGACCAUCCAAAUAACUAUUUAGGUUGGUCGUUUGGAUUAGGUGUUGUGGGGGCGGUGGCCUGCAUUGUAACGUCCGCUCUUUUCUUAACCGAAGCCAAUAUUCAAUACAAGAAACGCAACAAGCUAAAAGAGUCACAAUCACGCUUUGAAAUGGAGUAUGAAUCAAAAGCAUAAUUAAGCACGCGGUGUAAGUUGUAUAGUCAUGUCGAUUGUGACUGAAAAACCAACGAAUACACAUUUAUAAUUAAAUAGUCUCUGACAUAAGGAACUGCAAAAGUCUGUAUAACUCUCCAUGGCAGCCUAUGUAAUGUUAUAAAUGUAACAUUGUUAACAUAGUUUUAGUUGAGAUGUUUAGAAAUGUUUGGCAGUUUAUACAUUCAUAUUCUAGGUUUAAAUAAGUGACACCGCGAGAGCGAGAAAGGUCUAUAUGCCUGUAGUUGCAUGUCUUUGGAUUUCGACGAUAGUAGCUUUGUUCUGCGCAAGCGGAAAAAUUAUUAUAAUUUUGAAAUAUUUACGAAAUAACAUCAUAAGAUUAGAAGAAGCGGCGAUAGCCUAGUUGGGUGUGGAAGGGACUGCCAAGACGAAUGUCCGCAGGUUCAAAUCCCAAGGGCACACACCUCUGACUUUUCUAAAAUCAUGUGUGUAUUCUUUGUAAAUUUAUCGUUCGCUUUAACGGUGAAGGAAAACAUCGUGAGGAAACCUGCACAUCUGAGAAGUUCCCUAUAGGAAUUUCGAAGGUGUGUGAAGUCUACCAAUCCGCACUAGGCCAGCAUGGUGGACUAAGGCCUAAUCCCUCUCAGUAGUAGAGGAAGCCCGUGCUCAGCAGUGGGCAAGUAUAUAAUACAGGGCUGAUAUUAUUAUUAUUAUUAUAUCAUAAGAUUUUAUGUAACAGUUUAACAUUUUGCAAUAACAUUUAAAUUAAUGAAAUAGUUAACUGGACCUACUUACCGCAUACAUAAAUGAGCUCAGAAAAUAUAAUACUAUCUAAUUGACAGCAAAUCGAAUAUAGUUCGGCUACUACUAAAAAUGCAAAAAUACAAACACCUUCUCGAUAAAUGUCUUACACUUUAUUAUUUUUAUUUCAACUUCGCAUGUUGAUCAUUCUUGCACUCGCGGCCUAAAGUGUAAUUUACUUUCAAUUUAUGACCAAAUAUUUAUUACAUUAUAAAAGUGGCAUUUAUAACAAUGAAUGUCAUGUGUUCUAUACGAGCUGGGCCCUUAUUCUGUAUGAUGGUGUAAACGCGUAACGCGGCCGUGUCAUGUUAUCUUCGAGAAAUGUGCGUGGAAUGGUAUUCUGUAAGCCAAAUUUCUAUAGUCCUAAACAUGAUGCGUUGUGUCACGUGCUUGUUACUCACUGUCAAAAUAACGUGCGGGAUAGAGAAUAAGGCCCCUGUACCAUAAGUGCCUAAAUAAUGUAACAAAUAAAAAAAAAAGUAUCAUAAACCUUAAACUUAGGUAUUAUAUUAUAAUUGAAUGAUAUUGUGCCAGAUGACUAAUAUUUAUUUAGGGACUUGUUACACUACCUCCACACUUUUUUGACGAAUAUUCACGCGCGAAUUAUACACAAUUUAAUUUUAACAUGAUAGUUAUCUAUCUACUUUUUAUUAGUUUUAAGUAUCCUUUUUUGCAUUCCAUGAUCUAUUGUAUCUAUGAUACUAACUACGAUUUAUUUUGAUCUGAUUUUAUUUCAUUAGUAAUGUAUUAUAAUGUUUUGAGGACUUAUAAUUGCACAAUUUUUAAGAAUGUAUUGUUUAUAAAAACAUUAAGAACCUAUAAAAAUCUUAAUAAACACGCCUUAUUUAUAUGCUAACGAAAGAAUUAUUCCGUACCUAAUUUUAAUCCGUCCAUUUUUAAGUUGUAGUACGUAAGUUUUUUUACUAUUGUGUAAUGAUACUGCCUUACCAAUAAAAUUAUACUAAAGUU